AUGGCUAAUCUUGCUAAUGGGGAAUGGCUGAAAAGGAAUCAAAAUUUACUAAUAACAGGUCCUACCGGAUGUGGAAAAACCUACCUGGCAUGCGCCAUUGGUAACCAUGCUUGUAGACAAGGAUUAUCGGUUAGUUACUAUAGAGCCCCUAGGUUAUUUGAGGCACUAACAAUUGCUCAUGCUAACGGCACCUAUCAAAGAUUAAUCAAAUCCAUUGCUAAAUCAAAGUUACUUAUUAUUGAUGACUGGGGACUAGAUCAGCUCUCAUCUUCUCACAGAACUGAUUUACUGGAAAUAAUGGAAGAUAGGCAUGGUUCGAGUUGUACGCUUGUUACAAGCCAAUUACCGACUAUACAAUGGCAUGAAUCUAUUGGUGAUCCAACAUUAGCAGAUGCCAUACUUGAUCGACUACUGCACAAUGCUCAUAAGUUGCCUUUAAAUG